AUGGCGCAGAAGAGAAGGACCUUCACUCUUUACUCCUCUUCCUCCACCACCACCUUCACGUCUUCCGUGGACUCUCCCGUGGAGCCUGAGAAGCCGGACUGGGGCCAGGACAAGCUGCGCCGCCACCCACCGGUGCUGCACAUGGUCCUGGAGGCCCUUCGGGCUACGCAGCACCCCAGGGGCACCUCAGUGGCCGCCAUCAAGGUCUACAUCAUGCACAAGUACCCCACAGUGGACUUUCUCCGGCUCAAGUACCUGCUUAGACAGGCGCUGGCCACGGGCAUCAGCCGCGGCCUCCUCACCCGGCCGGCCAACUCCAAGGCCAGGGGCGCCACUGGCAGCUUCAAACUAGUUCCCAAGCCCACAAAGAAAAUCCAGACCAAGAAGACGUGCCCCAAAACAGUCCCUAAAAAUCCUGGGGAGGCCAAGGAGCAGGACCCCAAGAGACCUGGCAAGGCCAAAAAGGAUCUUCCCAGCCCAGGCCAGGCCAAGAAGGACCCCAGGAAGCUGGGGGAGCACAAGGCCUCUCUCCCCAAACCCGGAGCAGCCAAGGACAAGCCCCCCCGAAAGGCCAGCGAGACCAAAAAGGGCCUUUCCAAGCCAGGCCAGGGGCAAAGGGGACCCCAGAAGGCAAGUGAGGGAAAGGGGGCUCACGUGAAACCCAGCACGGCUGAGAAGGCCCCCCAGAACGGCAGCCAGACGAAGGGCUCCAAGGCCCCCCAGCACCCCGGCAAGGCCAGCAAGGCCCCCCAGCACCCCGGCAAGGCCAGCAAGACCCCUCCCAGUGGGAAGUCAACGGCCGCAGGAGGGAGGACCCAGCCAGGUGCUGAUGUCCACAGGAAAACCAAAGUGAAGAACAGGAGCUCCAAGCCCACCAGCAGCAAGAGCAAGAAUGGUGCUGUGUCCCCCUCGGGAAAGGAGGUGAAGUCGCAGGGGCCGGGGCAGCUGCCAAAAGCCAAGGCCUGA